AUGUUAUCUCGUGCAUCUUUAGCUCGUUCCGUUUUGGCUUCCACCCCUUCUACUUCGGUAGCUGCUAGAACUUUGGUGACUUCGUCAGUCAAGUUAGCUUCUUCUUCUUCCGCCAAGGCUAUCUUAUCCAACAAAUCUAAUGCUUCAAGCAAUUUAGUUAGAUCUAGAAGAACUUACGCUUCUGCUAGUGCCAAGCCACAACCAACAGAAGUCUCUUCUAUCUUGGAAGCUAAGAUUAGAGGUUUGAACCAAGAUAUCAACUUGGAUGAAACUGGUAGAGUCUUGGCCGUCGGUGAUGGUAUUGCCCACGUUUACGGCUUAAAUAACAUUCAAGCCGAAGAAUUGGUCGAAUUCUCUUCUGGUGUUAAAGGUAUGGCUUUGAAUUUAGAACCAAACCAAGUUGGUAUCGUUUUAUUCGGUUCUGAUAGAUUAGUUAAAGAAGGUGAAUUGGUCAAGAGAACCGGUAAGAUUGUUGAUGUCCCAGUUGGUCCAGAAUUAUUGGGUAGAGUUGUUGAUGCUUUGGGUAACCCAAUCGAUGGUAAGGGUCCAAUCAAGGCUUCUGGUUCAAGAAGAGCUCAAGUCAAAGCUCCAGGUAUUUUACCAAGAAAAUCCGUUCACGAGCCUGUUCAAACCGGUCUGAAAUCUGUUGAUGCUUUAGUUCCAAUUGGUAGAGGUCAAAGAGAAUUGAUUAUUGGUGAUCGUCAAACCGGUAAGACCGCUGUUGCCUUAGAUGCCAUCUUAAACCAAAAGAGAUGGAACAACGAUCCAAACUGUGAUGAAUCCAAGAAAUUAUAUUGUAUUUAUGUCGCUAUCGGUCAAAAGAGAUCCACUGUUGCUCAAUUAGUUCAAACUUUGGAACAACAUGAUGCUUUGAAAUACUCCAUCAUUGUUGCUGCUACUGCUUCUGAAGCUGCUCCAUUACAAUACUUGGCUCCUUUCACUGCUGCUUCCAUUGGUGAAUGGUUCAGAGACAAUGGUAAACAUGCUUUGAUCACUUACGAUGAUUUAUCCAAGCAAGCUGUUGCCUACCGUCAAUUGUCAUUAUUAUUAAGACGUCCACCAGGUCGUGAAGCUUACCCAGGUGAUGUUUUCUACUUACAUUCUAGAUUAUUAGAAAGAGCUGCUAAGAUGUCUGACAAGAACGGUGGUGGUUCUUUGACUGCUUUACCAAUCAUUGAAACUCAAGGUGGUGAUGUUUCUGCUUAUAUUCCAACCAACGUUAUUUCCAUUACUGAUGGUCAAAUUUUCUUGGAAUCUGAAUUAUUCUACAAAGGUAUUAGACCAGCUAUUAACGUCGGUUUAUCAGUUUCUCGUGUUGGUUCUGCUGCUCAAGUUAAAGCUUUGAAACAAGUUGCUGGUUCUUUGAAAUUAUUCUUGGCCCAAUACAGAGAAGUCGCUGCCUUCGCUCAAUUUGGUUCUGAUUUGGAUGCUUCUACCAAACAAACUUUAACCAGAGGUGAAAGAUUAACUCAAUUAUUGAAACAACCUCAAUACUCUCCAUUAUCUGCCGAAGAACAAGUUCCAUUGAUUUACGCCGGUGUCAACGGUUUCUUAGAUAACAUCGAAUUAUCAAGAAUCGCUGAAUUCGAAGCUGCUUUCUUACCAUACUUGAAGGCUGAUUACCCAGAAAUCUUAAACAGUAUUAAGGAAAAAGGUGUUUUAUCUGAUGAAUUAAUGGCAUCAUUGAAAACCGCAACUGAAUCAUUUGUUGCCACCUUUUAA